GCCGAACAUGGUCACUUUUAGUGCCUUUUAAUCAAAGUCAAAUUUGUCUCCGGCAAAUCCGCUGAAUGAGCAGAACAAAUUCCAGGACGCACCUCUGAGUCUUCCCGACCGUUUUACUGUGAAAAGCCAAGCAGGAAGUAUGUUGGCGGCCCACUGCGUCCGACUUGGCUUCUCGCUGACGUCUCACCGGUAAAAUCCAGCACCACCAGCAGCAAACGAGCGGACUGCCGCUCCAUCUUCAGGCCCACUCUGCUCGCACCUCGGCGGCCUGGCGGAGCGCGAGGAAGCUCUGCAGGGUGGCUCGGUGUGAGUGACGUGGAGCUUCGCACCCACCGCAGGACUCGCUCGGACGCGAGAGCUUCCCAACGGCGCACGCACCCACGCGCGCACACACACACAGACACACGCACGCACACACAUUGUCAGUGCAAAGGAGAGCCGCCUAGCUGAGGCGCCCGAAGCGCUCCUCUUGCGUCUUCCCCCGGCCUCCUGCUGCGGGAUGAGCUGGACCACCUGACCGCCCGGCCGACGGGGGGCCGCUGGCGGGACGCGUCGGCUCGGGAUGUUUGCAUGAGAGGCCGACUCUGGGCACGACUCUGCUCUGAGGAAGAGGAAGAAGAGGACGAGGAGAGGCAGGAGAAGGGGGGCCGAGCGGCUGCAGGAGCCUGGACCCGCGAGUUCGUCCCGGGAGGGAGGAUGUGAAGAUGGGCCCGCUGGUGGCGCUCGUGUGGUUCUUGAGCGGCUUCGUGCACAGCAUGCACGCGCAGGGCGUCUACGGUAAGCGCGCGCGUACGCACGUGACCUUGUGACGACUGACAGCGUGGGCGUGUGGAGCAACAGGUAGACCGGCUGCGCGCGUGCACCUGUCCCCCCCCCCCCCUUCCCCUGGCGACGUCAGAGAGGGAAGCCUCGGGUCACGUGACAACGCGGUCGUUUUUCCCGCGGGCGGGUAAACACCUGUCAAGGUCACCUGGCACACACCGGAAGUGGAGUGACUCAGGAUUGGCCAUUUGAGCACUUCCGGUGUGGAUUGCAUGUAGUUUACAUCACAGCAGGCCCGCGUGCGUGUGUGCGGAUUAGGCGCGAACAUCUGCGCCAACGUUGAUGUUCAGCGAUGACGAGCUCGCUCGCAGAUGGAGGCAACAUGUCAUCUUCAUCAUCGUCAUCUUCAAACUGCUAGCUCGCUGCGAAUACUUGCGCUCUUGAAAGAAACGGUCAUAUCUCCAACCGUUUCAAAUCACCCCCAUUGAAAGAAAUUGAAAUGCAAUGAACACAUUACAACCCGGCCCACUUUUUUUUUAUUAGAAAUAUUACAACAAUUCCGGUCUAUCAGCUGCCGAUUUAAUUGGAAUUUAGCACUUUUGAAAACCCUAAAAAAGUCGUCCUUUUUUGCAAAACUUUGCUUUUUUGUACACAUUAACACAAUAGAACACUAGAUAAAGUUAAUGACAUUUUAGCAUCCAGCUGAAAAUCAGAUGAUAUUUGCAGAUUUUUUUCUGAGAGUGGCCGAAUGUUGCGCAACUUGCAGGCUUCGUCUCGCGGAAGGGGUUUGGCGCUCUCGGAGCUCAAAUAUUUCCUUGUAGGUGGGAACCCUCAAUAUUGGCUCCGACAGGAGUCUCAAUGGUAGGGUAGUGCUUCACAUUGCGACACUAUCGCCCUGUGAUUGACAGCUCAUCUGCGCUGGUUGCUGCAUGGAAUCGUGUGAGUGAAUCUUCCAUUCAUCAUUCGGGCCUCUGGGGGCUUCAUUCCGUAUGCAUGAGUGUGUGCGGCUGCCAGCCAAUGGGGCGAUGGCGGUUAUUUUUGUGCGGCCCACUGACUGAUAUGGGUGUCCUCGGUCUACAAAAAGAAAGAUGAGAGAAAGCGAGGGGGGCGGUCGAGUAGGCGGGGUGGAGUCGGGCAUCUUAUGUAACGCCGUCACGGAGGAAGGAGAACGCAUGACACACUUAAAAGCAGCUGACCUCGGAUUAGAGCAUGCGCGCACGCACAACACUGCUGCUAAUAUUCUGGAACAGCAAGUGAAUGUGUGCGGUACUGGGAAAUGCCACGCGAGGUCAAGUGCGUGCGUGUGUGUGUGCGUGUGUGUGUCUCUGAUGACAUCAGCAUUCAGCCGUCAGAGGAGACCAACAGAAAAAUCCCAGGCUAAAAAUAGCAGAGGCAAAGUAGGACAUCCUUACCCAGCCCCUCCCCUACCCGCGUUCUUUUUCUUUCACCUUCCUCCUCGUGCUCGUCUUCCUCGCGCCCCUCCAUUCAUUAUUAUCAGGUUAGGGCGCAAUUCGGUGCCCAGCGCUUGAGAUGGCAUCCAACCGUUGUCGCUAAAUGCUGCGUCACCCUUUUGUCAUGAUGGGGGGGCAUGUCCCUGACGUCAUUCCGAUCGUUUUCAAGACAUGAGCUUUGUGUUGCCGUAGCGACAGGCAACAUUUCUAAUUGUGCUUUAAAGAAGAAAAAUGUGGGAUGUGUGUGGGCGGGGGGUGCACAGCGCCACCUACAGUUCGCAUCGUGCACUCGGGACAAGCUUGCAACGUGGAGGAGGAGCGACUCAGCGAGCGAGUCUACACCAUCAAAGAAGGAGAAACUCUGGAACUUGUCUGCCUGGUCACCGGACACCCGCGACCACAGGUCCGCUGGACCAAAACUGCGGGCGGAACUUUGGAACGGCAAGGCGACGCCCGAACCCACGACGACACACUAAAGAUAGAAAGGAUCGACCGCAACCAGGGGGGUCGCUACUACUGCAAGGCCGACAACGGCAUUGGGACCCCCGCCAUCCGCUCCAUACGGGUUGAUGUAUACUUUCUGGACCAGCCGCUGGUCACAGUGCACCAAAGCGUGGGCGACGGGGCCAAGGAGCUCUUCUACUCUGAGAGGACGGUGUUCCUGCGCUGCGUGGCUACCUCCAACCCGCCUGUGCGCUACAUCUGGAGGAGAGGUCGCCAAGACCUGUCGCAGGGAGCGGACGCCGGAGUGGAUAUUUAUGAGCCGUUUUUCACACAGGGAGAGACGAAGAUCCUGAAGCUGAAGAACCUCCGUCCUCAGGACUACGCCAACUACACGUGUAUCGCCUCAGUCAAGAACGUGUGCGGUAUCGCCGACAAGGUCGCGCAUUUCAGGCUCAACAACAGAACGGGUGGGUGUGCUUUGUGUGCGCCAGCCCCUCCCUCCGUCAAGCUGCUCCUGGACGACCCGCUGGUGGUGAACCCUGGCGAGACGGCGACGCUGGUGUGCGUGGCGUCUGGCGGAGACCCUCCUCCCGCCCUGAGGUGGCUCCGUCCUGGCAGGGAGCCGCUCCCCAAGAAGAGCCGGGCCCAGGGCGGCAAGCUCACCAUCCCCUCCGUCACCGUCGACGACGGCGGCGUCUACAGCUGUCUGGCCGACAACCACGUGGGCAACGCUGCCAGGAAGUCGGCCAACAUCCUAGUCAGAGGUCUGCGUAAGGCUCGUUUCUGGAUCACUCCGGACCCAUACCAUGACGAUGACCACAUUCAGAUCGGGCGUGAGGUGAAGAUCAGCUGCGAGGUGGAGGCCACGCCCUCCGAGGAGCUGCAAUUCGGCUGGCUCAAGAACGGUCGGCCGCUGCGCAGCUCCGAGCGAAUGGUCAUCACGCACUCAGACGUGCAAAUGUCGCCGGGCGUCACCAACCUGGACAUCAUCGACCUCAAGUUCACCGAUUUUGGAACGUACACCUGCGUGGCCUCGCUCAGGGACGGGGAAAGUCCCGAAAUUAGUAUCGAUGUCAACAUCUCAUCCACGACAGUUCCCCCAGAGUUGACGGUGCCCAGGGGGCGCUCACGCAUCAUCACGCAGGAAGGCGACGCGGUGGAGCUGCAGUGUUUGGUGUCAGGCAAACCCAAACCUGUCAUUCUGUGGUCUCGCGUGGAGGACGGUCCUGCGGCGCCUGAGGCGCACCCGCCGGCCGAGGCAGCCGCCCAGACGGAGAGCCACGAUGGCAUGCUGAGGCUGGCCAACGUGACGCGGGAGAUGGGUGGGACCUACCGCUGCCAGACCAGCCAGUACAACGGCUUUAACGUCAAACCUCGACAGGCCCUCAUACAGCUGGUGGUGCAGUUCCCACCGGUGGUGGAGCCGGUGUUGUCGGAGGUGCGCCAGGCUCUGGGUCGGGCUUUCCCUCUGACGUGCCGACUGCUGCGUGCCCACCCGGCCCGGCCACUGCGCUAUGAGUGGAAGCUGGGCUCCCGACUCCUGACUGUGGGCCAGUUUGACGAGAUGCGCGACGAGACGCGCUACCAGGUGCGAGCGCUCAACCGCGAAGGCUACGGAGAGUACACGUGCGACAUCAGCAACGAGGCCGGAGCAGGCAGAUGCACCUUCCUGGUCACGGGGAAGGCGUACCCUCCCGAGUUCUACUAUGAUACGCCCGGUGCCCUGUGGCAGAACCGGCCCCGCACAUAUGGAUUCACACUGCAGUGGACCCAAAUGGAGCCCGCCGGUGUAGACCGCAUCCUAGCCUACAGGCUGGGCAUCCGCCAGGUGGGGGAGGGCCGCUUGUGGGAGCAGCAGAUCCCCAUGGAGGUCAACAUCCACAAGGGCCAGCUGCUGACCCACAACCUGACGGAGCUGGUCAAGCCCGAGUCCUACCUGGUGCGCCUGACGCCCAUCACGCGUUACGGCGAGGGCGACCCCACCGAGCGCGUCAUCGCCUACAGCGCGCCCGUGAAUCCACACCUCAGGGCGUUCCAGUGUGCUUUCGAGGACGAGGCCAUGUGUCUCUUCUCUCAGGACAAAAGCGACGACUUCGACUGGACACGCCACAGCGCUGCCUCCCGCGACACCAAGUACACACCCAACACCGGACCCAGCGCCGACCGUCGUGGCUCCAAACAAGGGUACUACGUUUACAUCGAGACGUCCCGACCCAGAACAGAGGGCGACAAGGCCCGCCUCCUGUCGCCGUCCUUCAACACGGGCUCCAAAAGUGGCGCCACCUACUGCCUGGCCUUCCACUACCACAUGUACGGCAAGCACAUCGGCUCGCUGAGCGUCUCCUUGCGGCAGAAAGGGGUGUCGGAGACGCCGGUGUGGAGUCUGAAGGGUAACCAAGGCGACCGAUGGCGCCGCGCGGCCAUCGACAUUCACCCCGACGCCGAUUUCCAGGUGGUGCUGGAAGGGGUGCGCGGCUCCGGAAUUGAGGGCGACAUUGCCGUCGACGACAUCACCAUCCAGGAAGGCCCAUGCCAAGACCCGCCAUCCAACAACCUGAUCUCGCUGGCCCUGCCCCGCCGUCCUGGCGACUGGCUGCCGCACGUCACCCUAAGCUUGAUCCUACUUGGCCGACAGAGAAUGAGGCGAGAAGCCCUGGCUGGCUCAAUUUGGGGUGGGCUGAAAUGUUUGACUCCGCCCACACGGAUUACAAUCGCCAUUUUCCUCAACUAUUCUUUAAGGUAUUUCUUUGCCGGUUUUAAUAAUGCACCAUCCUAUGACGUCACGCUUACGUUUUAAACACUUUAAAACAUCAAACAUUUAGAACUUUUACCCCUCAGUCAGUUGGGAUAAGCUAACUGAACGGUUUAACGGAAGUGGUUGAAAUGGCCAUUUUGACGUUCAUUCUGGGUGAAAAGAGGGUUGUUGAGCCACUCGAGCCAGCUCGCUCAACGCGUUCAAGGGUCCUGAAAAUGGGGGAGCCGACGUUGAUUCUGAGCAUCUCGUUCUCCACAUAGAAAUGAGUGGGAUGGGUGCAGUACCACAUGUACCCAGCAGAAAGCGUAUGGUUGAGGCUAGUUACUAACCUAGACAUGGGCAAACUACGGCCCGCGGGCCACAUCCGGCCCACGGUGCCGUUUAUCCCGGCCCGCCAAACCUGAAUAAAUUGUA